AUGGACUACCCAGACAGAGCUCUGACAUCUCUACACAGCUGCUUGACAACGCCCAUCGCACUCGCAUCCCUCCCAGCCCUCUCCUCAACCCAACUCGCCCUCGUCUCCCUCCGAUCCGACUUGCCCAUCCUCGUCCGCCAACGCGCCUACCACGCCUUCAUGGUCCGCAAAACAGCCUAUCACGCGCAUAACGGCCCUCGGACGCUUGAUCCGAUCCUCGAGGUCAACCUCGACUUUGACCUUCCCCCUUCGCUGGCAGAUCUCGAGACGGACAAGUUGCUGGUCCUGCAGUUCAGUCCGGUGUGCGAGAGUCCGGAGAUGGCGGACCAAGCGGGCGAGUUGGUGCGCGAGCGAAUUCGGGGGGCGGUAAAGAGGGGUGCUUUGAGAGUGUCGAGGGCGUGUGUGAGGUGGGAUGGAGGGGAGAGGGUGGAGGUGGAGUUAGUGAUGAGGGUGGAGGAGGGCGGGAUGAGACUUCUGCGUGCGGGAAAGGAGGACGAGGGGUACUUCCUCGAGGCGGGCCGGAUGCGGGAGGUCGUCUACAUCGCCGGCGCCGACGACGGCCACACCUCAAUGGACUGCACGCUCUCCCUGUCCCUUACGCGCCUCUCGCUCGCCCCCGUUGUCUCAAUCCGGGAUUGCACCGUCACGCUCGAGCUGGGCAUGCUACCUGCGACGGACGAGGCUUUUGUCGGGUUGAGGAAGAGGGUGGCGCAGUGGGCCAAGGACGGUGGGUUUGAAGUUAGUGUCGUCAGAGCGCCGGACGUCAACCUCACCCCCCGCUCCUCCCGCUCGCCUUCAACCACCCUUCCUUCCCGCAACCAUGCUUCCGCCCUCGACCGCCCUCGCUCGACUUCCCUUCCCAUCCUCGUGCCGUCAGCUUCGCACCUCCUCCCGACGCGAUCAAAGAAGCGCUACUCUGCGCCUUCCGCCUCGCACGACUACCACCCCGACCUCAACGUCGAUUCUCACGUGCGGAAAAAGUCACGUUCGCCGCCCGACUACGAGGAGAACCACCGGCAAGACCAGGAGCGGGAGGAGGAAGACGACGGGCUGAGAGAGUGCUGGCGAUUCGUUUCGCGCAAGAAAGUCGAGGCGGAGUGGUCUCCUGGGUUUUACGUCCGCCAGUUCGCCCUCCUCCGCUCGAUCGCCCCUCUCUACCCCUUCCCCUGCCCCUCGUUCACACCACACGAGACUGCGCUCCUCUCCUUCGCGCCGGACCCGGACAAACUUCCGCCUUUGCCGCAAAGGGUGGGGUACGAAGAGGAGGAAGGGUGGGGACGACAUGAGGCGAGGGAGAGACUGGCUGUCGAGUGGGUGUUUAGGGAGAAAGUUGGGAAGGGGAGGGUGGAUCUCUCCACGACGCGGCAAAUCCUCUUCUCCCCCUCCUUGCCCCUCCUCCAUCCCUCCUUCGCCCCUCUGCGGACCUACCUCCGCACCGUCUCGAAACUGAUCGAGGCCCGCGAUGCCUUGCGCGAGGCGUACGAGUAUGUUGGUGGAGAGGUGCUCAGGGAAAGGAAGGGGGAGAGGGGGACGAGGGAUCCGAUUGAGAGGAUUGAGAGGGUUGUUGGGGAGUUGAGGGAUAAUCCGGGGCGACGCCUCGCCUUGUUCACCAACUCGGCCUCUCCAAAUGGCCUCAUCACCCGUCCCCCGACAGAAUUCACCAGCACCAAUCUCGGUACCGGUCCGCUGAGACGGUUCGGGGAGAGACUGAGGGAGAUUUGUGAGUGGGAAGAGGCGGCGGUCGAGAGGUUUGCUCCUUGA